AUGUUUAUGUCAACUAUAUCAGGAGCUAUAUCGGGUAUCAGCAGCGAGGUGAUAUACAUAAGUUUAUCUUGUGCUAAUUGUAUCAUACGAUCAGAGAUCGCUCGGUUAGUCACCAGCGGUAUAUUGCUGUGGGUGCGCAAGUGGGAAUCGAAACCACAGAGCGUGGUAGCAGACAAUGAUUCAGCUACUUGUGCUACACAACCGUCACUCAGUCUAUCCACACAAGUUUUUGCAUGGAAACAACACAAUAUUUCUGAGAAUGACUUCAACUGCCGCGCGCCGCCGCUGUUAGCAGCAAUUCCAUAA